AUGGAGGAAGAAAAGAAGGCCGCGGCGGAAGACACUUUGAGACGGCUAUAUGGUUGUUGGGCGGAAAGAGCGGUAGAGCAUGGGUCCACCACCAACUUGGUGGAAUUUCUUCAUGCAGGUCCGGAGGAUGAUGCACUCGAGCUCAAGGAAGUAGAGUUGGCGCCAAGUGAGAUGGACGAUUCGAAGACGGAAGUCCAAGACCCUUUAACUUCAGGCCAAGAUGGAAGAGCUAUUGAGAGAGUUCAGGAUUGCUUCGCUUGGGAUUACACCGAGAUGCCCGGAUUGAGUCGUGACUUGGUCGAGCAUCGCCUACCAACGGUGGAAGAUUUCAAGCCCUUUAAGCAGCCGCCCUGCCGAUGUCGGCGAAAGUAG